AAAAACGGUAUAUUUUAUUUUUCUUUCGUAAUCUUAUCUCAGAGUGAUACUAUUUAUAAUGAUAUCAAAUAUCAGAAGUCUGGAUUUCCAGUUGAGAUUUAAACAGCAGCAUUGGGUAUAUGUAUAUAUCAUUCGUGGAUGGUUAAUUAACGCUAGAGAGAGGGUGGAAAUGGGUGAAGAAUCGUUGAUGCUUGUCUUGUAUACACUUAUGCUAUAAAGGAAUUGAAACAAUUCCAAUAAUGUAAUCAAAAUAAACUUCGGAGUGUUCUCAACUCGCUGGAAACCUGCGUCGUUCGAUGGUGCUGUCCUUCCUUGAAAAAAAUUCCAAAAUUUUCCGUCACCUCUCGAACAAUUUGCCGAAGCAAAUGUACCCAUCUAUCGUUGUAUAAAUCACCACAACCCCACCCCUCCGGCAUUAGUCAUAGGGAGACAGACUGGAGUUUUGGAAAGGAAUCCAGACAGUAGUUUACGUCUCCAGGGAAGUUCUGACUCAGCCCCAUUCAAUAAAGGGCAUUAACUCUUGAGCAGGUGCUCUGCCUAAUUGGAUAUUAAUUUACAUAUUUUUAUGGUGUCUGUAAUGUUUAAACCGGUGAUAUUUAGUGGCCGGUGGUUGUAUUACUAGAUGUUAUUUACUACUGGAGGUUUGGUAUCGUAGUCUCUUCCUCCACCACCCUCAUUAAGUAUCUUACACCCCUACCCACUUCAUUCUCGGUCGACAAUACGAAACGUGAUACACUCACAUACUAAUAUUAUAUUCGGACACCUACGGUAACGGAUUUAUUUUGUUUUUCUAUCCUCCGCCGUCACCACUAAAUCAACAAUUCAAUGAAGGCCCACAUAGUGUUAAUCUACUGAUAAAUAAAGCUUCGUAACAACCUCGGUGACAAAGCCUCGGAGUGGCUUCGCAUCUGGUUACUAACCACAAACAGCCCGGCUUAACAUCAAUAAACAAACAUCGACCGACAUUUCGAUAAACGACUCAGAGAUCCUAGAAGGGGGCAAAAGAUCGCUGCAAAAAAGUUUCCAGACUCGCCUUGAUCUUCGCAGAGAGCAUGGCAGAAACUACAGAAGAUAAGAAGGAACCAGAGACUAAACGAGCUGCCCACACAUACCCACUUAUACGACAUUCAGACAUGAUGGACGAGAUGAAGACUGAAACGAUGGAGCUUUGUGUUACGGCCUGUGAGAAGUUCUCCAAUAACAAUGAAACUGCUGCUAAAAUGAUUAAAGAAACGAUGGACAAGAAAUUUGGUGCUUCUUGGCAUGCUGUGGUUGGUGAGGGUUAUGGCUUUGAGAUAACACAUGAAGUAAAGAAUUUAUUGUACAUGUUCUUUGGAGGAAAUAUUGCUAUUGUCGUUUGGAAAUGUUCAUGAAUAACAACGAAUAUUUUUAUUUUUAAUUUUUUCACUUUUUCAAAUUUUUAUUUAUUUAUUAUUAUAAUUAUAAUUUUCCUUUUAUUUUUUCAAGAUUUCUAUAUUUUUUUAAAGAAUAAUUUAAUAUUUCAGCUUUGGUAAAUACGGCAAAAAAUUGGGACCAAAUUUUUUUUUUUUUUGGCUUUAUAUUAAAACGAAUUUUUUUUUCUCCCUCUCUUUUUAUAACAAAAAUUUUAUAUUUUGAAAUAUUUUAGAAUCCUGCCCAGAAAAACAUGAAAAACAAUCUAUCAUCUGUGGAGCAUGUUAACAAAAUUAGAUUAAAUUGUUAUGGCACAUUGUGCCACCAUUUACUGUAAUACCGUGUGUGUGUGUGUGCGUAUGUAUAUAUAUAUAUAUAUAUAUAUAGGGUUAUAAAAAUUCAAUAAAGUCACUGCUGAUUUAUAUAACAUUUGUAAUUGAGGGAAUCUUGAACUACUAGAAAUUGCAGCCAAAUAUUCUUCAUGUCACACUGUCAUCAAAUAAAAUAUGAUGGCCAAGGUUGGAUUGCCUUUCAUCUUAGGUUAGCUCAGUCAUAGGUGACUGUGGUGAAACAUUAGCAGCAACAACAAAAACUACUACUACUACUACUACUAACACUUCAUGAUGUGUCUGAGUAACAUGUUCCCUAUGUUCUAUAUUUAAGAGAUGAGGAAUUAUUUACAUUUGACAGAUAUUUGUCCUCAUCUUGUUCGUUGUUAAUACAACGUUUCAGCUGAUGUAUCCUCCAGCCUUC